GUCUCUGGCUGAAGACUCUGAAGAAGAGGGCGCAGAGCCCAGCUGGGAAAGACAGGAGGCCAUGGUUAGGAAACUGCAGAGGAAAUUCCCUGACCAGGAUAAGGAAGAACUCAGGGCUGUGCUCCAGGAACAUGAGUGGAACGUAGCCGACGCCUUGGAGGCGCUUCGUAUGUUCUCUGACCCAGAGGAAUACACCAGCUCUCCUGAAGUCAAGCAAAAGGAACCCAAAGCCAAGAGCGACACCAAACCAAGCAACAGCAAGAGUGACGCCAAGCCAAGCAGAGAGUCCAAGGACUCUCAAGCAAAGCCAAGCAAAGCUUCCCCUCUGAAAUGGAUGUUCAAGAAAUUUUCCCCUGACUCCAAACCUACCUCCUCUUCAAAUUUGCAGAGCCUGAAGAUGUCCAACGGGACCAGCAUGGCUAGAAAGGAGGCAGUGGAGAGGAAGAGGAAGGCUCACACCUCUGACGAGAGGGCCAGCAGCUCUGAGGGCGAGGACGAGGAGGCGACCAGCAGUGAGUUUGAGGGCGAGGACGAUGAGCUGGACUCUGGGGCGGAAGACGAGGGCACAUCCACGCUACAAGGCCAGAUCCUGCUCUUCUUCCAGGAGGCCUCGCUGGAUGAGCUGUCCCUCAUCACCGGCUGUUCGGUGAAGAAGGCCAAGAAGAUCGUGGAGCUGCGGCCUUUUGCUUUUUGGCACAAGCUGAAGGAGCAGUUCCACAAGGAGAAAGGCCUGUCUGUGGAGCUGCUGCUGGGCUGCAGGGUGGUGCUGAGGGAGAGAGCCGUGGUCCGGGGUCUCAUGUCCAAGUGCCAGAACAUCUCGGGCAAGAUGGUGAAGGGAGUCAGCCAGGUCAUCGACAACGGCAUGGGCUCCAUGACCCAGCCCUCCAUCCUCAACAGAAAGUUAAAAUUGAAACCCUACCAGUUGAUUGGGCUGAAGUGGCUUCUCCUGCUGCACCAACACAAGCUGAGUGGAAUCCUGGCUGAUGAGAUGGGUUUGGGAAAGACCAUCCAGGCCAUAGCAUUCCUGGCCAGGCUGUACCAGGAUGGCAUCAAAGGCCCCCACCUCAUCACUGUGCCCGCCUCCACCCUGGAUAACUGGGUUCGGGAGCUAAAGCUGUGGUGCCCCAGUCUCAAGGUGCUAGUCUAUUACGGCUCUGUGGAGGACCGUCAGUAUCUGCGACAUGACAUUCUGAAUAAUCGGGUGGACUUCAACGUCAUCGUGUCCACAUACAACCUGGCCAUCGGCAACGACAGCGACCGCAGUCUCUUCCGCAAGCUCAAAUUGAAGUACGCCGUGUUUGACGAGGGCCACAUGCUGAAGAACAUGAAGUCCCUCCGUUACCGCCACCUCAUGGCCAUCAAUGCUGAGCACCGGUUGCUCCUGACCGGCACCCCUGUGCAGAACAACCUGCUGGAGCUGAUGUCGCUGCUCAACUUCAUCAUGCCCUCCAUGUUCUCCAGCAGCACCACGCAGAUAGCCAAGAUGUUCUCCAUGAAAUCCCAUGAGGAGCAGAGUCGUUUCGAGAGGGACCGCAUCGCCCAGGCUAAACUCAUCAUGAAACCUUUCAUCCUCAGACGAGUCAAGAGUGAGGUUCUUAAGCUGCUGCCAGCGAAGGAGGAGAAGUUGGUAUUCUGCCCAAUGAGUGAGAAGCAGCACCAGCUUUACCAGACCAUGGUGGGCAGGUUCAAGAAGUCUGCCAUCGGAGAGAAGAGAGAGCUGUGCAACGUGAUGAUGCAGCUGAGGAAGAUGGCCAACCACCCUCUGCUCCACCGGCAGUACUACACCACAGAGAGACUGGAGGCCAUGAGUAGCCUCAUGCUCAAGGAGCCGACCCAUUUUGAUGCAGACCCAGUGCUGAUCCAAGAGGACAUGGCUGUGAUGUCUGACUUUGAGCUCCACAGGCUGUGCCAGCAGUACUCGUCCUUGGACAAAUACCAGCUGGACAAAGACCUUCUACUGGACUCUGGGAAGUUUCACCUGCUCCAGACACUACUUGCCACGCUCAAGACUAAGGGAGACCGAGUAGUGCUCUUCAGUCAGUUCACCAUGAUGCUGGACAUCCUAGAGAUUCUGCUCAAACACCUGGGCCACCGCUACAUCAGACUGGACGGCUCCACGCCCAUAGCAGACAGGAUCGUGCUGAUUGAUGACUACAACACGGACCCGGAAAUCUUUGUGUUCCUGCUGUCGACGCGGGCCGGAGGCCUGGGUAUCAACCUCACCUCAGCCAACGUGGUCAUUAUGCAUGACAUCGACUACAACCCUUACAAUGACAAACAGGCUGAGGACCGUUGCCACAGACUAGGGCAGACCAGGACAGUCCAGGUGAUCAAGCUGAUCCAGAAGGACACCAUAGAGGGCUGCAUGCUGCAGCUGGGUCAGAAGAAACUCAAACUGGAGCAGGACAUGACUGCUGCCGAGGAGGGUGACGAGGGCACCAUACCCGAGGACAUGGCCUCUCUGCUCAAAGCAUCACUGGGCCUGUGAGGAUCUGGGAUCCAGCCUGGAGCGCCACCGAUUGACUGAAACUUGCCAAGGAUACUUGAAUCCUCCUCCUGGAACUUUGUGGGUCUCCCUGCUCACACCCACCCAUGAGGCACAGCUGUCCACUUCCAACAGUCUGGAAUAGAGAUGAUAUGAAUGGAUUGUUUGCCCCUGUUGACAGUGUCGUUGAGGCCACUCUGCUCUGUGCAGAACUAGGGAUGUAUUCAUUAGGAACCAAACAAAAGCAAAGGGGCCAAAACAGGGAAGGACUAACCUGAACUUGUCCAUUUAAGAAAUGCUCGUUUUUGUUGCGGUUGUACUGUAAAACCCAUGUCGAAGCUGUUACUUGGCCGCUUGUAUUUUUUUUUUUGUAUGUCCUUGUUGCGACAUCAACAGGGUUUGUCGAAACAUUAAAUAAAGAUUUUAAUAUUUAA